AUCUUAUCGUUCUCGCUCAGUUUGAGAGAUGAUUAAGAAUUUUUAGCGUUUUUGAAACGCAAAUGGGGGGUAGGUUGUAUUCUAAAACGCUGGAUAUGGAAAUUUGCCCUUGUUGACAUUUUGUCAUCCUGAGCAUUCCAAUGGGCACUAAUGAAGAGUUCAUGCAACAGCUGUACAAUGAGAUUGGUUCAUUUCUGGACCAUCGAAUAGAUACGCCUCCACUUGAUAUCCCAACAAGCAAGCAGAGUCAAACGGAGUACGAGACAGACUAUUUAGAUACGCGACGUCGAGGUAGCUCGCUUUAUCUGCAGGCUGCCCCUGGAUCGUCGGUUACGGUCCACAGCCAUAGUUCACCAGUUCCUUCACCGACACAUUCUGAAUCAAGGUUGAGUCGCCGCUACUCUGGUGCUUCAGAGAGAGCGCAGUCUCCAUCAUCUUGUGUGUGUUUCAGGUGUAAAAAUAGGUCCAGGCCGAGCUCCAUCAGUAGUGCUAACGACCAAUCUGUGACGUGUGUAUGUUAUAAGUGCGAAAAGGCGAAACAAAAGGAAAACGGCGGCGCAGGAUCCAGAAGCCCUAGUUUUUCGCAUUCAGAACACCACUCUAACCCACCCCACAUGACCCGACAGCGUCAAAGCCUAUAUCAAUGGGAUGAUGAUCCUAUUGCAAGAUUUGAAUCACCUGUAGCAUCGACAUUGGACCAAAUCCAACAGGAGCUGCGUUAUAACGAAUCGCCAUCGAUGCUUACCAAAUCCAAUUCCUACAACACUUACGAAGACCCUGACGAUGCUGCGGAAGGGUUAGAUCUUGACGAAGACGUAGGGAUGGAAUUCUCUAAGCCUAUUCGAGGUCAGACGCCUCCCCUGAGUCUGAUUGAUCCAAUACUUCGAUUUCGGGAAGCCCUUACAGCACCGUCGGUCGAUGGCGACGACCGGCUAUCGGUUGUGCCUGAGGAACCCCAUUCAAUUCCAAACCAGCAGCAAUCGAGAUACUCAACCACCAACAUACCCCAGCCUAACAUUAUACCGAAUAGAUUAUCUUGUUUAACGGCUUAUUAUCGAACGGGUCCACCACAUAAGGCCCUCAACAUGCACCAGAUCAAGAAGCUUCCGCAAAGACGAGAUCGCAUGCACGAAUAUGAACUAGGUUAUUUUGAUUGUAUCCAAUCAAGAACUGAUCUUAAUGGAUGGCUCAGGAAGCAGGAAGUUAAAGGACCUCCAGAUGUUAUGUUCGAAUUUUCACCACCUGAGAAGAAACAAACCAAGCGGGCAUUUUUCAAGGGCAAAAAAAUCAAGUCAUCUGUUUCCCCAGAUCUUGGGAAAUUAACCAACCUGAAGAAAAAUAGGAGCUCCAUCUCACUUAUAUCACCUAUAGUGACCGAAGCAUCUCAGCGAACAACAAAUUUGCAAUCGCCUCCUAACUCACCGGUAAAAGGAAAGCGGUGGUCUGGCAUAUUUACACCCUUCAGUAAGAAGGAUGAUAAAGUGGUUCAGCAGCAAACGAAGCUGCCGACGAAACAAAGCACAUUCUACGCGAGUCCCAACGGAUCAAUGGCAUCGUCUCUUGAGGAUGAAGGAGUCAGUAGGCGUAAACCUGGCCACGCGCGACAGUUUUCAGAGCCAAGUCACAGCAGCCAUGUAGAUAACCGUCGUCGAACAAGCCAUGAAGAAUUCGAAUUGGCAUCGCAAUUUGAUCAGUGGCAGCUACGUGAACGUGGCAUGACGGAUUUGAGUACACCUGUUGAAGAAGAAGACGAAGAGGAGGAUGAAAUCGCCUAUUUUACCCCUGAUGGCAGACUCUCAUCCUCUCCAUCCAAGCACCAGAGUCCGGUGUUUGCAACAUCUGACAACGAAAAUACCCGACACUAUAGUCACUCACAAAUUUCCCUACUGUCUGUACCUUCUAUUGGAAACCAACCACACGGACGCUCCCGACGCGAAAGCGAGUCUUCUCACAGCCGUCAAUCGUUACAGGAACAUGACUAUAUGGAUAUGGAGGAGGCAUUGGACAACCUUGCUAACACUUUCCGUAACGUUGACCUAGAAGUUUUGCGAGAAAUGUUGGAGGAAGCAGAUGGAGAUUACCAAGUAGCUGCAGCAAAAUGCAAGAAAGCUAUUUUCGAAGGUCGUUUGUGAGAUAUGAUACCCUUUCCCACCUAACUCACCUAAGACUUUUUUUAUGAAUACCCAAAUUAUAUAGCUAUUAACAUUGCUUAGAGUGAAAACUUUUGACUUAGAUACUCUCUCAAUAUCGUUAUCUACCAUUUCAUUCUAUCGUUAUUGUAGCAUAAUUGAUCUCGUUUCACCCACUUCCUUGGAUCAUGAUAAUUUUAGAACGUUUGAGCAAUAAUCGCUGUGGUCUUGGGUUUAGUCCAGGUCGAAUGACCUCCACAAGAAAGUGAAAUUUUAGUCCUUGCAUGAUUGAGAGGCAAGUAUAUUAAGUCAAUGAUUCGUUACGUGCUGAGUGAAAUUACCGGAUACAAUUUAUGGUUUAAGAAAUUAUGCAGAUUACUGACAGCGUGGAG